AUGCCCGCGUUCUUCUCAUCCCUGAGCUUUAAUGCUUCGAUUUCUCAGUUUUUGUGGUUAUUUUGUCAUACCUUUGUGCUAUUUGUAAUAUACUCUGAGGCUACGCUUAUAUUCAGACGAGAAUCUCCACGAUACAGCGGAGAAUUAUCAGAGCAUUAUGGAAUAACUCAAAACAGAAGCCUUAAAGGCUCUUAUAUCGCAGAAAAAUGGCCAUCAUUUCUCACUAACAACGGCUACAAUUCACAUAAAGGUCAAAAUGUGUGCGGAAGAGAGGUUAGAGCGCGCAUACAUCGGCUGCUGGAUAGGCCGCUCCUGAAACCCACUCCAGGAGUGAAGAGUAAAAUUCCAAAGGGCGUCGCACUAGACUACGAGAACCUCCUUCGCUCACACAGCCCUGAAGUCAUAAACUACAACACAAGACUAACUGGCAUGCCUGGAGUGAACAUUCGUGAAAUUGACGAUGUUUACGGAGGAAUCUACGAUAGUCGUGUUUUGAUAAAACAACUCAGAUACUUUCUGGAACGGGAUGAUUUCCACUCCAUUACGAGACUGCUGAAAGAUAACAAGGGUGUAUUGAACAAGGAAAUAUGCCAUGCUUUCAUGAGUGAUCUGGAUCAUCUUCUUUUUGAACGCCUAAAGUACGAGUACCCGACCAAGAAUAAUAUGGAUCGAAUGGUUCCAUUUUUAUCGGCACGUUAUAUCAUACAACAUGUAAUGCAACAGGAUCUGGAGUCCCGCAAAUACUAUCUCUGGCUUAAACCAGGUGAAAUACCACCAAAGGUACCAGCGUAUACACCGGACUAUGUAGAACCAGAAUCAACGCCUGAGAAUCCAAUACAUGUAAAGGAUAUAGCGGCAUACAGAUCCCUAGUUGGUCAUUUUUACAACUUAGGCCCAGAAGCUAGACUACGACAACUAAGGGAGUUGUACUAUAGAUUAAUUGAGGCAAAGAAGAGAAAACUGCACAGUGGUUUAUGGAAGUAUCAAAGGCUUAAACCUUUCCGUAAGUUAGCCUACCGACGCAAAGUUAGGACAAAACUCAAUAUUGAUAGAGUAUGUCCGUUCCUCUCCAGACCACGGAGGUGUACGGAUGAAAUUGUAAAGGAAUACACUGGACACUUUGAGGAUGCCGUCAAUAAAGAAGAUUUGGCAACGGCAUGUAGGUUAUUAAAGCGUUAUACUAGGAGGAUAGAUCUCAAGAACAAUCUCCCUCUCUUGAUCAAAUUUAAGGGUCUAUUCGCUCAGGUACACCGCUGCAGAAAGUACAAUUUAGAGGCGCUAAAGAGUCUCAGAGGACUUUAUUGGUCUACUGUGAAGCGUCACAAGGUCCUUAUAAAAUACAAUGAGCCCAUAAUUGUGAAAAAUGCUGGACGUACCAUGAAGGACCUUUACGAGGAACAGCUGGAAAAUUACAGAAAGAGGCGUGACGCAGAACGAGAGGAAAAAAUGAGAAAGAGGGGCAUAAACAUGGACGAGGUACGUGAUUUCUCCAAUGCCUAUGGAUACGACUGGCUCCCAAUCUUAUACCCUGAGGAGUACGAGAAAGCUCUGGAAAAGUACAGGGGAAGAAUCGACAAGUUGCGCAAGAAGGUUGAAAAGAAUAGGCUUCAACGAGAGGAGAAACGCCGUAAGCUGAUGAUGCUUGACGAGGAAGAAGAGUAUUUCCUAGGCAUAAAACCACUGAAGCCAAUUACAGAAGAGAAACCAGAGAACCAAACUCCGGCUGAAUGA